AUGAAUGGUCAUUCCCACAAGUGUUGAAUGCUUAAGAGACCUAAAGAAUCUACAGUGCCUAAACAGAGGGAAGGUAGGACAAAAGGCUUCAAGGCUGUAAAAUGACCUUUCAGUGGACAGCAGUAGCUUCAUUUCUUUAUGGGGAAAUAGCACUUCUAUUAAUCCUUUGCAUCCCAUUUGUUUCUCCAUUAAGAUGGAGGAAAAUAUUCAGAUUUCAGUUAUGGAGUAAAAUCUCUCCAUACUGGAACAAAGCAUUUUUAUCCAUUAUAGUUGUGCUGGUUGUCCUUUUUCUUGAUGCUGUAAGAGAGGUUAGGAAAUACUCUUCAGGUCCGACUAUUGACAAGGGGGCAUCUCUUACUUCUAGUUCUUAUGAUCACAUCCAUAUGAAGCUUUUCAGAUCCCAGCGGAAUUUAUACAUCUCCGGAUUCUCUCUAUUUCUGUGGCUUGUUCUGCGUCGUGUCAUAUCACUGAUAAAUCAGCUGGCAUCGGUGAUGGAUGACAAUGAUGCUAGGCAAACACAAGUAGAGAAGGUCAACGAGGCUGCCAAAAAGCACAUGCAAGACAACGAUGAACUAAAGAAGGCUUUGGAUUCAAAUAAAGUUGGCAAAAAUGAAAAGGCUAUUAAAGCAGAAAAUGUAAGGCUAAAAAAAGAAAUUGAAGAUGGGAAAGACGAAUUAAAGAGAAUGUCAAAUGCUCUUUCCACAUCUCAAGCAGAAUUUGUUGCAUUGAAGAAGCAGAGUGAAGGCCUUACAAGAGAGUAUGAUCGUCUUCUGAAGGAGCAUGAGCAGCUACAGAAUAUCAAAGAAGAACAACAUGAUAAGAAGGACCUGUAACUGAUUUAUCAACUCUCUAUCCAAGAGGUCAUAAGGCUGUGAAAAGCUCUUCUACAAUCUUGCAUUAUUUUUGGCACUCUAAGGAAAUAUGCAAUAAGAAAUGCAAAGGGUUUAGGUGUCUUUUGUGUGAUUUAGGAAAACAGUCAUUGUUAAUACCAAAUGUCUAUUUUGUCUCUAUCACUAAGUUUAAUUGUAUUGCUGAAAAUAUACUUCUAAUGU